CAUGCAGGAGAACUACGAGAUGGUGACCUCGCUGGGAUUUCCCAUUCCCAAACCUGAGCUGAUUGUCCAGCUGGAACAGGAAGAGCAGUGGGUGCCCGAUCUCCAGGCCUGCGAGGAAAGAAGGCUUCUGAGAUGCCCCCAUACAGCAGGUGCUGAGCGAGGGAAUGAGAAUGUGGAGGGGAAUCAUCAUCAGGAAAUUCCUGGAGAAGUGCAACCACAGGGGACCUUUGUGGGAGGAGCUGAAGGGAAAUGUUUCAGUUCAAAGUCAGCACAAAAGUCACUUAAGAAAAGCUACACAGGAGAGAGACCCCACAAGUGCUUAGACUGUGGGAAAAGUUUCAUACGUCAGUCAGCCCUUGUUAGACAUAAAGUAGUCCACACAGGAGAGAGACCCCACAAGUGCUUGGACUGUGGGAAAAAUUUCAUACGAAGGUCAGAAUUUGUUUAUCAUCAGGCAAUCCACACAGGAGAGAGACCCCACAAGUGUUUGGACUGUGGGAAAAGUUUCGUAAGAAGGUCACAGCUUGUUCAACAUCAGGCAAUCCACACAGGAGAGAGACCCCAUAAGUGCUUAGACUGUGGGAAAAGUUUCAUACGUCAGUCAGCCCUUUUUAGACAUAAAGUAGUCCACGCAGGAGGGAGAACCCACAAGUGCUUGGACUGUGCAAAAAGUUUCAUGCAAAGGUCACACCUUGUUAAACAUCAGGCAAUCCAUACAGGAGAGAGACUCCACAAGUGCUUGGACUGUGGGAAAAGUUUCCUACAAAGGUCACACCUUGUUCAACAUCAGGCAAUCCACACAGGAGAGAGACCCUAUAAGUGCUUAGACUGUGGGAAAAGUUUCAUACUGCGGUCAGCCCUUGUUAGACAUAAAGUAGUCCACACAGGAGAGAGACUCCACAAGUGCUUGGACUGUGGGAAAAGCUUCAUACGAAGGUCAGAAUUGGUUUAUCAUCAGGCAAUCCACACAAGAGAGAGACCCCACAAGUGCGUGGACUGUGGGCAAAGUUUCAUAAGAAAGUCCGAGCUUGUUCAACAUAAGGCAAUCCACACAGGAGAGAGACCCCACAAGUGCUUGGACUGUGGGCAAAGUUUCAUACGAAGGUUAAACCAUGUUUGUCAUCAGUCAGUCCACACAAGACAGAGACCCCACAAGUGCGUGGACUGUGACAAAAGUUUCAUAAGAAGGUCACAUCUUGUUCAACAUAAGGCAAUCCACACAGGAGAGAGACCCCACAAGUGCUUGGACUGUGGGAAAAGUUUCAUACGAAGGUCAGAAUUUGUUUAUCAUCAGGCAAUCCACACAGGAGAGAGACCGCAUAAGUGCUUUGACUGUGGGAAAAGUUUCAUACGGCAGUCAGCCCUUGUUAGACAUAAAGUAGUUCACACAGGAGAGAGACCCCACAAGUGCUUGGACUGUGGGAAAAGUUACAUAAGAAGGUCAAACCUUGUUCAGCAUAAGGCAAUCCACACAGGAGAGAGACCCCACAAGUGCUUGGACUGUGGGAAAAGUUUCCUACAAAGGUCACACCUUGUUCAACAUCAGGCAACCCACACAGGAGAGAGACCGCAUAAGUGCUUAGACUGUGGGAAAAGUUUCAUGCUGCAGUCAGCCCUUGUUAGACAUAGAGUAAUCCACACAAGAGAGAGACCCCACAAGUGCUUGGACUGUGGAAAAAGCUUCAUACAAAGGUCAGAAUUUGUUUAUCAUCAGGCAGUCCACACAGGAGAGAGACCCCACAAGUGCUUGGACUGUGGGAAAAGUUACAUAAGAAGGUCACACCUUGUUCAACAUAAGGCAAUCCAUACAGGAGAGAGACCCCACAAGUGCUUGGACUGUGGGAAAAGUUACAUAAGAAGGUCACAGCUUGUUCAACAUAAGGCAAUCCACACAGGAGAGAGACCGCCACAGGUGCUUGCUCUGUAGGUAAACAUUCAGACAGCGAUCAGCCCUGGUUAAACAACAGUACAUCCAAACAGGAGAGUGACUCUGUAAGUGCUUGGACUGUGGGAAUAGUUUAACAUGUAGAUCAGACCUCGUUCAACAUGGCAGAAUCCACACAGGAUCUAAACUUCUGUGACACGUGACAAGAAAGGCUUAAGCAGCUUCCAUGUGAUUGACUCAGAUCAGGCCUUGUUUCACAUCAGGGAAAACUAAAUCCUCAGUACCACUUCCAGGGCCGGUUGCAGGCACCAGACAAGGAAGCACGUGCCUGGGGCGGCACUUUAGGCUUGGGGUGGCAUAAAAGCUAGAGCCAGCCCUCAUCACUUCAAACUAAUCUUCUUGAGGGCGGCAACAGUUCCUCAGUACCUCUCUGCAUUUGAUUUUGUUACAAAAUCAAUAAGUUCAGAUGGUAUGAGCCCAAAAGGGACAGAUGGUUCUAUGGGCAGUCCUCCUUAGAUAUCCCAUUACAGAUUUCAGAAGGUCUCUUACCUUUUGAUUGGCGCCUUGGGGUUCAAAGGAGAACCGUCUGCAGUAGCUGCCGCUGUCUCAGCCGGGCGUUACCAUGCAAGUCACGGCCCCAAUAAUUGUGGAAGAUGACAGAGUUUUUACUUUUAGGUUGGUUGUAACAAAUCAGAGACAGUUUAUUCUUAAGCAAUUGCAAGAAGAGAACAACACACCCGGGCAGGGAAUCUCCCUUACUCCAGGUAGGGCUCCGAAGAUAAACAGUUGGGGCAAGCCUUUCUACCUUUUUUUAAUCGACAAUAAUGAUUAUAGCUGAACAACCUUGUCACUCGCUGAAACCAGAAAACUGGGUCUACAUGAAGAUCCAUCAGCGAAAGACUGCCCUGGCUCCACGCUGGAAAGGUCCUUAUCAAGUCCUGAUGACUGUCAACACUGCUGUAAAGUGCCAAGAACUGACUGCCUGGACCCGUGCUUCUCACUGCAAAAAGGACAAUUGGAAAAGGCCACAGGUCUUCUCACUGUAGCACAGCUAACCCAGGUACAGGCUGGAGUUGGUGAAUUACUUGUUAUCUCUGCCCUUAGUUCAAUGACCCAGAAACUUCUGAUGACGAUGGUGCUAAAUAUCACUCAGGCUGGGAAGGCAUUGCGGUGAGAUCUGGCUUGUUGAGAAAUUCAGGAUUUCCUGAAUGACCAGCUCAUGGCCAUUCAGAGUGAUCUGGAGCAUCAGGCUUUGCCUACAGCCCUUACAGACACUUCAGGAGUAUCAUCUGAUCUGUGGACUUUCUGGGUGGAAGUGCAGGCAUUCGCAGUGCUCCUUCCAAGCAUACGGACCGAUUGGAGGGAUGUGGGUUCCCACAUACCGUAUCCAGCUGGGUCCAUGGGAAGAAUGCAUGUGGGAUUAAAUAAUUCACCAAAACAUUUGGGAAAUUCAACUACCUGGUAUGCCUAAGCGAUUUGUAGUCAGUGCUCCUAGAAUAACCCCCGACAUUUAAAUAAAAAUAGGGAAUCAGUGGACACUUUGGCCUUUAGAACCCCCACAGCUUCAGCGUGUACAAAAAUUGAAGCCAGGGGAAGUUGUCACUGUUCAUGACAACGUUUGUUGGAAGGGUAUGGGACAAAAAACGACCCUAAAGAACACUGGCUUUUCCAAGCUAAUAAUAGCUGCGUGUAUGUUGUAAGAGAAAACUUCAGUAGGCCUCCUCUUUCUCCCAGGCCUCUAUUUAUCCAAGGUAAGCUAACUGCAUAAGUGAGUAGGAGGGCUGGAGAAGGGGGAUAAGAAAGAAACUUGCCCAAGGAGAAGGAGUGUUAGAAAAGCCAAUAACCACAAGAGUACAACCUGUGAGUAACAGGAAAAGCUUCUUUUGCUAUAUUCUUAAUAAGGCUUUUUUUUGAUAGACUUCUAAGAUUUGGAAAAGUGGGUGUGUAACUGUUCAUGGUUUUAAGCUUUAAGCUUCCUUUUUAUAGGGAGAGCUACCAGCAUAUGCCUGAAAUAAAGAAGUUUCAGGCUGAUCUGAUUCAAACAGAAUGCAUGGUUAAUUUUCCACCACAAUGUCAAAGCCACCACUUUGCAAGACAGACAUUUUAAUCUCACCAUUGCUGCAGGGAAUAGAGUUCUACAAUCAGCCCUGAGAUUCCAAAUAACCCUUUAAUUGAACUGCCUUAGUACCUGGCUGAUUCCAAAAUUUGCUUUCACUGCUACCAAAGGUCCAGAACAUCUCUGAAUUACAAGGUGAAAUUCAUAUACUCCAAAAUAUAUAUAUCAAAUUGAAAAGUGUGCCUUCCAUACAGCCUAUAGGGUAUCUACUUUAUGUACUAAUUAUGAUGUUGUGCUAUGUAACUAAGGCUGUACAACAGCCCCAUCAUAUUACUACAAUGGGAAUGUUAAUGCUUUUAUUGCUAUUGUUUAGCUUAAAAUUAUGUUGUCGUAAAGAACGUAAUAAUAAUAAUACCUUACAUAUUUAUACUAACCCAGGGCCGGUGCUUCCAUUAGGCGACCCUAGGCGGUUG